AUGGAGACGAAGGUGCAAGACUUUGUGGACUGGAUGAAGCGGAAGCAUUCGGUCGAUGUAGAGGCCACUCGAAGAAUUGAGCCAGGGGAGCUUUUGGUGAGGAUUCCUAUCUCGGCCCUUCUGACCACCAAAGCUGCUCGAGCGGCCUGGGUGACGGCCACACCGGAGAUUCUGGAGGUAAAGGGCGAAGAGUUCUUGUGGCUCUACAUGAUUUGGGGCCGCAAGGAGCUUUCGUGUGACUGGUAUCCCUACCUGCAGAUCUUGCCGAGCGAUCCCUUGCCUUGGCUGCGCAGCGCGGAGGCGCUCCGAUGGCUGCGAGGGACAUCACUGGAGACUGCAGCCGAGGUGAUCGCACAGCAGGAAGCGAGGCAUGCGGAGCUCCGUGCUUCGCUCGGGGAGGUGGCGGGAAGCUUCGAAGAUUGGCUGUGGGCAAGGCACUGCUACCUCUCCCGAAGCUUUGAUCAAGCAGCCUUCCCCAGGUCAGAGGAUUGGGAGUCUGCUGCCAUGUGCCCUCUCUUGGACUCCAUGAACCAUCAGCCCGAUGCUGAAGUUGAGGCCCGCUAUGGCGAAGAGACCGCAGGCCUUUGGUUGCCCGACACCGCAUCCCCUUACGAAGAGGGCGAGGAGGUCUUCCACCUCUACAAAGGGCAAGCGGACAAUGAAACUCUCUUGCUCAACUAUGGCUUCGCACUACCGGAGAACCCCUAUGAUGUCGUGGACCAUGUCAUUUUCCCCUUUGAGGGUGAAGCGGAGCGCUGGGAAGCUUUGGAAGCCAUGCCGAGCGUGUGGUGUCGCCGUGGAAGGUCCGUGCUUCUUCGACUCUCCGAGGCCUUGACAUCCCAAACAUUGGAAGUGCCAACUGAGCUGCUGCGUGCAGCUGCGCUGCUGCGAGGUUGGGAUUACCAGGAAGAGCUGGCCAGUUGUCGACAGAAGGCCAAGGUGUGUCGAUGGCUCUUGGAGGCCCUGCGACACAUGCUGCAGUCCAUGGCCUUCCAGGAGGAAGGCAAGCUUGAUGUGGCCCUGGUGAACCUCAGCGGCACACUGGGCCGCUUCGCCGCCCGGGAGGCCCUGCGCCGGGCACAGGCACGAAAGCCGAAAGCGGCUUGCUGCAUUUUACCCGGCCACUCCAGCAUCUCCCGUGCCACUGCACAGUAUGCCCUUGGUCAGUUCUUGAUCCUGCACAAAGUGGCAGGCAUCGUCCAAGAGACCGCCACCAUGGCGAUGUUGGCCGCGCGCAUGGAAAAGUGGCGGGUACAAGUUGCAUCGCGGCCUUGUCUUGUUGUGUUUUCGCCUGUAAAGAUGUUCAAGUGCAUGGGUUCAUGA